AUGGUCUCCAUCAAGUCUCUGCUUACCGUGCUUUUUAUCUCUGCAGUGAGCGCAGAGAAGAUUGCUUGCACCUGUUUAGAUACUACCGCAACCCAAGCCGUAUGCCCCCUGGUCAAGAAUAAAUCAGGUGCCAUGGAUACCGCGACUGGCAAAUGUGAUAUAGGUUUAGAUUCCUGGUACAACUUCAGGGACUUAUGCAAUGAACACUACCCUAACCAGGUUGUUGCAUGCUCCCAAAAAUCACCAGUCGGCGACUCUCAGCCAGGGGAUGCUCCUCGGAAUGCUGGAAGGAGAAGCAGGAAAUUGAAGUACUGA